GUGUAAAUUUAAAUAUCAAAGUGAAUUAAUUUACUUAGACAGAAAACGGUAGAAGUGCUUGUUCCUUUUGUCACACCUCUGAUUUGUGUCCCGAGUACAACAAUACUUCAGGCUUUUCAUGAUUCUUCUAUGUACGUUAGUUUUUGCAAGCAUCUCCACCAUUUCACUGCGCAUUCAAACCACGACGAAUUCUGUCUUAUCAUUGAAUCGUCAGCCAAUCUCGCUAACGUAGCGCGCUGCGACCUGACUGUUGCUUAUUUUCGCCCUCUUACGGUAGAUUAUGAAAACAAACUCAGCUGUUCUUGUGUUCGAAGCGUCAAAUGCGUAUUUAUAAAUAACGUAGCGUACGAUUGCAUCCAGUGUAAAGUUACUGUUCAGUAACGAAACGUCAAAAUGGUAGAUAUGAAAAGUAAUGUGAGUUUCGCGUGUCAGCGUUGUCUGCAGCCGCUGCGGCUAGACCCAAGUUUCUAUCAUCUUGGAGAACACACAUUAGCAGAACUUUCGCUUCCCAUACAGCAAGUUGUGGGAGAACUGGAACCUCAAAGUGGAAGUAUGGAAUAUCUUGUUCCUCCAUUUAAAUUAACAGAAUCUGCGAAUGGAACUAAUGGGUUCAUGUUAGUUGGUGAUUCUGGGGAAAUGGAGAGUCUCAGUCAUCAUUUGAAGGUACGAGCGACACUGUUUGAUAUCCUUAGUAGCAGCAGCUCUGCUGAUCACCCACUCUGUGAUGAGUGCACCGAUAGUCUCUUAUUACUACUGGAUCAACAAUUAAGGAUGACAGAAGGAGAAUGGUCAGAUUAUAAUGAAUACUUAAAGAAAUUAGAAAUAGAACAACAACAUCAGGGACAUGAGGAUAUUGAGAUGGAGACACUUACAAAAGAACUUCAAGAUGUUAGGUCAGAGGAAGAGAGAAUGAUUAAAGAAUUAGAGGCAUUAAAGAAAGAGGAAAUGGCAACCAGGAAUGCUAUAGCUCAACAAGAAAGAGAAAAGGAAAGAUUGCAAAGUGAAGAAGAAAGAUAUUAUAGGGAAUAUUCAAGGCACAAAAAAGAUCUCAUAUCAGCUGAAGAUGAAUGUCACAGUCUGGAAUGUCAACUAACUUAUGCAACAUCUCAGCUAGAGAAACUGAAGAGAACAAAUGUAUUCAAUGCUACAUUUCAUAUUUGGCACUCGGGACAUUUUGGAACAAUAAAUUCCUUCCGUUUAGGCAGAUUGCCAAGUGCACCAGUUGACUGGAGUGAAAUAAAUGCUGCCUGGGGGCAGACAACGUUAUUAUUAUCAGCACUAGCUCGUAAGAUGAAUUUCACGUUCAAGCGUUUUCGUUUGGUGCCAUUUGGUAAUCACAGUUACAUAGAAACAUUGGACCAGCGCAGAGCACUACCUUUAUAUGGAAGCGGAGGUUUCAAGUUUCUCUGGGAUACAAAGUUUGAUGCAGCAAUGGUGGCUUUUCUAGAUUGUUUACAACAAUUUAAGGAACAAGUGGAGAAAGGUGACAGCGGAUUCUGUCUGCCAUACAGAAUGGAUCGUGGAAAAAUAGAAGAUUCUGCAACAGGCAACUCUUACUCUAUCAAAAUACAAUUUAAUUCAGAGGAACAAUGGACCAAAGCUCUAAAAUUUCUUUUAACAAAUUUGAAAUGGGGUCUUGCUUGGGUUAGUUCGCAGUUCACAAAAGAUGAUACCGAGCAUUAACUUAAUAUCUCUUUAUCUUGUGUUCAUGCAGUCUUAUACAUCCAUACAUCUCUUUCAUAUUCACUUGUGUACAUAUGUGUUCUUUGUAAAUAAAUACAGGUAAAGGAUAUAUA